AUGCUUGACCUACACUCUCUCCCCGAAGGCACUUGGCCCGAACAGGCCAUUCGCAACAAUGGCCCUGAUAACCUCGUCUUGGAACGAGCAAAGCUGCGUGAGCUUGCGGAGGGCUGGCCCUGUUACCGCGAUGCUUGUGAAUGGGAGAACUUCGAGUCCAUCUUCCAUGACGAUGCCCAUGUAUACACAACCUGGUCCGGCCGAGUCUCCUAUAAGGAUUUCAUUGCCGCUUCCAAGGCCGGCAUGGACAAAGGUGCCUUUAUCAUGCACCGCUGCCACGGAGUAACCACGGACAUCACUCCCGACGCUACUCGCGCCGUCACCAAGAUGAAGGCGACAAUCACGCAGCGCUUCACGAUUGAUGGGUGCGAAGUUGACGCCGAGGCAGACUGCCGAUUCUGCUUCUUCUUUGAGAAGGUUGAUGGCCGCUGGGGUGCUCGGUUCGUUCGUCAUUGGUACGAAAAGGAUAAGCUGUUGCCUGUCAAUCCCAACAAGAUCCCACGUAUCAAUGAUGAGAAGCUCAACUCUUAUCCUGAGGGGUAUAAGUGUCUUGCCUACUGUCAGGAGCUCACAAUGGGUGUUACCGUGUUGAGGGAUAUGCCCGGACACAGACGACACGUCGGUACUGUUUGUGGAGAGAAGCAUGAUCUACUAUAUCGGUUGUCUAAGGACUGGUUGGAUGGGAAGGCCAUUGAUGUUUAA